AUGUCAACAAUUACGCUCUCCAAGAUCAUCCCCGCCACCAAUGGCGUUCAUGAUGAUCAUGCGUCAGAGCUGCCCUCUCAUCCAGCAAAGAUCAAGGAUCACAAGAUGAAUGGGAAUCGGCACAUCACUCUGCAGAGUGAGAGCCAGCCUGAGAAGGCCUUCCGUCAGGAUGAGCCUGUUGGCGACUUUGGCUGGGGACCUUGGACAAUCCAAGAUGUCCUGAUUCCUGCCAAUGCUGGUCGAGGAUUGGUCAAGAAGUACCACCAGCGACGAACUCUGUACCAGUAUGGAGCUUUGUCGCUCACUGGACUUUGGGCCUUCAAGAACCUCGGCAACACGGCCUAUCGUGCUGCAGCUCUCGGCUUUCUCUUCCCUGGAGCCGGUUUUACUGCUGUCGCUACCUUCACUUCGGCGGCUGCAUUCCUGCUCACUGUGGCCCUGAUUCCCGUCACCAUCUUCAUCUGGUUCGCCAUGGGCGGUAUCUUCUUCCCCAUCGCCUUGUGGGUUGGCUCCAGCAUCGCUGCCGGCUACAUGGCCACCGACACUCUUUUCGAACCUUCUGCUCUCCUCUGGGCCGCCUUCUGCUACACCGGUAUCUUCUGGCUCAUGAGCAACGCCCGUUCCCUCAAUGCCGCUGGCUACUCUAAGGCUCAGGAGCGAAACAAGUACCUUGUCCAAGCUGUCCACGAACAGAUGGAGAAUGCCACUCCCGCUCCCGCACCCGGCUCACGAGAGCUGUCCCUCGAAACUCUUCGACACGUCCAGCACAUGCUUGAGCGCGGACUUAGCCCCCGUGACGACUUUAGCUUUCACGAUGUCAUUGAUCAGUUCCAGACUGGUGCCGUUCGAUAUCAGCUGUAUGGUGUCGUUGAUGUUCUGAGCCUGUACCAGUGCCACUAUGCCCCCGGUUUCCACGGUUAUUUGUCCAAGGCUUCGCAAAACUGCAUUGAGAAGAGCUUGCAGAAGCGCAUCAUGUCUUACUGGAAGUGGGAGUCCAUCUUCGGCAGGUUCACCCUUAGCGACUGGGACCCCAUCAAGAAGGACAACAUUAUGGUUACCGGAUACUUGAGCUCUGCUAUCGGUCUGUAUGAGCAGGCUUCCGGAGAUCGCCAGUACCACCAGAAGAACGCCCUCGAGUUUGUUAUCGAUGAUGGAAAGCACUACAAGACCAACUAUGAGGGUCUGGCCGACGCUCUUCACGAGAACAUGGACAACAACCCUUACUGCCUGUACCCCUGCGAGCCUAACUGGACUUAUUCCCUGUGCAACCUCACUGGAAUGGCUGGCCUUGUCAUCUCUGACCGUAUUCUUGGCCGUGAUCUCGGUGCUAGACUCAGGAACCGAUUUGAGCGAUCUCUCGAGGAGGAGUUCACCGAGUGCGACGGCCGAAUCCUUCCCAUCCGCAGCGAAUUCACUGGUCUUACUCUCCCUGGUCUCUGCGGAACUCUCACCGACUGCAUCAACGCUAUGCUCCUGACUGCCUAUCUUCCUCACCUCGCUCACCGCAACUGGGCCAUGAUCCGCAAGGAGUUCAUCAAGUACGACGAGAAGGAUCAGCUUGUUGUCCGUGACCUCAAGGGCGCUGACAAGAUGGACCCCGGCAACUACCGUGCUGGCGAGGGACCCCUCCGUGCUUUCAUCGCUGCUACCGCUGCCGAGUUUGGUGACGAAAAGGUCCGCGAGGAGGCUCUUGAUCAACUCGACAACGUCUACUUCCCUGUUGAAGCCACCAAGACUGGAUCCCUGCGAAACAAGGGUCUCUCUGCUACUAGCCAGGUCAUUGCCCUCAUGGCUCGUCUCGUCAAGCAGCGUGAUCUUGCCAACGCUACUCUCCACGGUCCUUCUGACGAGGCCCUGAGCGGUCCUCUUCUCGAGGAUGCUCCCUUCCCUGAGGUCCUCGUCGCCAAGGCUUACAGCAAGGACGGCAAGAAGCUCGACCUUGUUCUCUACAACGGCAAGGAGCCCGGUUCUUUCAAGCUUGGUUUCGAGCGACUGAUCCCUGGCAAGCAGUACUCGCUCAGCACUGGAGGAUCUGUCACUGCCAAUUCGGCUGGUAAGGCUUGGGCCGAGGUCAAAAUUAACGGUCGCACUCAGAUCAUUCUCCAGCCUGCUGCUUAG